CCCCGCAUCUUCCCCGCAUCUCCCGCCCCGCCAUGAGGGUGCAGCUGGAGCGGUGCCACGGCGAGUGGCGGGAGCUGGAGGAGGAGUUCCGGCAGCUCCAGGAAACACACAAAGUUUACAGGCAGAAACUGGAGGAAGUCACCAACUUGCAGACAGCCUGCAGCACCUCCAUACACCGGCAGAAGAAAACACUGAGAGAUCUGAAGCACAGCCUGCAACGGUGCAAGCCCAGAGCCAGUCCUGAGGAGUUUGCUCUCAUUCAGGAGCUCAGCACCCAGAUCAAGGAGAGGCAAAAUGCUUUCUUUGACAUGGAGGCCUACUUGCCAAAGAAGAAUGGCCUCUAUUUAAAUCUGGUGCUGGGAAACGUGAAUGUCACACUCCUGAGUAACCAAGCAAAGUUUGCAUACAAGGAUGAGUACGAGAAGUUCAAACUUUAUCUGACGAUCAUCUUGUUACUCGGGGCCAUCACCUGCAGGUUUAUUCUCCACUACAGGGUGACAGAUGAAGUGUUUAACUUUCUGUUAGUGUGGUAUUACUGCACACUGACGAUACGGGAAAGCAUUCUCAUUAGCAAUGGAUCAAGGAUCAAAGGCUGGUGGGUGUCUCAUCAUUAUGUCUCCACAUUCCUGUCUGGAGUUAUGUUAACAUGGCCAGAUGGACUCAUGUAUCAAAUGUUUCGCAGCCAAUUUUUAGCCUUUUCCAUCUUUCAGAGUUGUGUUCAGUUCCUACAGUAUUAUUACCAAAGGGGCUGCCUUUAUAGACUUCGUGCUUUGGGGGAGAGAAACCACUUGGAUCUUACAGUAGAAGGAUUUCAGUCCUGGAUGUGGCGGGGGCUGACAUUUCUCCUUCCUUUCUUGUUCUUUGGGCAUUUCUGGCAGCUAUAUAAUGCAAUCACACUAUUUGGAUUGUCAAGGCAUAAGGAAUGCAAAGAAUGGCAGGUUUUUGUGUUGGCAUUUACAUUUCUGCUGCUCUUCCUCGGGAACUUCCUCACUACUCUCAAAGUGGUGCACACUAAACUCCAGAAAAAAAAGACAAAAUGA